CUGCAGAAAUGUUCUUACUUAUUUAUUACUUAAACUGUGUCAGUGCAUCUCAAUAACGAGAGUAAUCAAAAAGUUGCAUUUAGCCUGUAACUCAAUUUAGAAGGUAAAAGUGAUAGUGGACACAUAUCUGUUUUAUAUUUAGGUCGUUUAUGACCAAAAGUUAGAUGAUGAAAAUCCGAAAUUCAAUUUUUCAGGAAAAAUGAACAUUCUUUUGAAAAAGAAUCUUCGGCUAGAAAAUACUCCACAGAUUUUCUAUGGGGCGUUUAGGUAAAGACAGUUUAUUGUUGUUGGCACUAUUCACAGCAGAGGGCACUGUGGAGUAUGUUAGCUUUAUGCAGAGGAAGAAGAAGCUCUGUUGUGAACGUUCAGACACCAUGUGUAACUAGUGUUGUAAGUAUUUUUUUGAUGUAACGUUUUGAAGUUGGCAUUUUGGCGCAUAAAUAUGUAAAUAGGUUGUGAUUUGUAAGCAAAACAAAUAUCUUUCGUUUUACUCCACAGCAUUGGCUCCAUCUAAAAUGAAACACUUUGAAGCAGAGCAACUGCAUCCCUGCCUCUAUUUAGAAGGCGAGGAGCCGCGUCUGCCCCUGCACACCUCCAUUGUCCUGUUCCUCCUGUCUUACUGCGAGUCCAAGUCUUUCAAAGUCUUCCUGGUUCGCAGAGACAGCAACAACAAAAGCUUCCCUGAAUCCCAGAGGUUUCAUCUCCCAGAGUCUCUGAGUGUGUGCGACUUUCUCUCCCCGGAGGGUCUCCCGCGGCUGGUGAGGGGUUGCCGUCUCCCGGCUGCGGUGGAUGAGAGCGGGCGGCUCUGCCGGGCUGGGCUGGCGGUGGUCCUCAGGCACAUCAUCAUCAGAACCAUCGAGGCUGACCCCUCCAGGAAGGAUGUGCAGGAGCUGCUGGGGUUUAAAAAAACAUGUCUGAAAGCUUGUGCAGAGGUGAGCAAAUGGACCAGACUGUGUGAACUGGGCAUCCCCUCUGCAGUCGAGGAACACCUCCAGAAACCCACAGAACAGGCUCAGCUGCUGCCUCCUGCUAUUGAUACCCUGGAGCGACGACUUGCCGAGCCCGUCAAAGUACACAACGAUGACAAAAUCCGGAGACAGAAACUUCAAGAGCAGAGGCAAAGGCAAAAGAACAGCAUGUCUGAAGGCGAGGGAAAACCCGAACUUGAAGGACUCGAGCUCAGGGCGGCUCUGGCCAAACUGGCAGUGGAUUCAGUUCCAGCAGGAACCACUAGAGAGAACUCUGAGAUCAGGAAAGUGAAGACGACAGAUCUACCUGAACUGGAGCAUGUGUUUGCUGAGGGACUUUACUUCACUCUGACUGAUGUAGUGCUGCUGCCCUGCAUUCAUCACUAUCUGUGCUCACUCCAAGCCCAUACACCGACCACUCUGCAUCAUCUCCCCCGUCUCCUGCGCUGGUACGGUCGCGUUCAGGAAGUACCCGGGGUCCUUCGAGCAGCCGAGGACUGUGGGUUCACUCUCUCCGAAGUCCAGGUUCCAACACCCAGCCUCUUUGGUCCACCACAACAGGAGAACCUUGAUGACCUGCUGCCUACAGAGGGUCAGGAGGUGACCCCAAGCCUUCAUUUCGUCGGUGGUCCGAGGCCCACAAUGACUAAACUCAAAGAAAAUGGCAUCGAGGCAGUCUUCUCUCCUCAUCCUUGCCCUGCUUGGACCCUCCCAUGGGAUAGAUUACCAGCAGCUAUCAGCCCCACUGAAGGAAAAAUGUCUGACGUCCGAGCCGUCAGGAAAAUGCAACAACUAAAUAACUUGGCUGCGAUGGUGACAGAGCUAGCCAGGCCGGGAGACACAAUAGUGGAUUUCUGCAGUGGAACGGGUCAUGUGGGGAUUGUUCUGGCUCACACACUUCCAGAUUGCCAGAUCAUCCUUAUAGAGAACAAAGAGGAAUCUUUGGUUAGAGCCCAACGUCGCAGCUCUGAGCUUGGCCUGAAAAACAUUGGUUUCCUUCAGGCCAAUUUGGAUUACUUUACUGGAGCAUUUCAGAUUGGGGUUGCCCUCCAUGCAUGUGGGAUUGCGACAGACAUGGUAUUGGAGCACUGCAUCCAGGCAGGAGCCGCCUUCAUCAUCAGUCCUUGUUGCUACGGCUUCAUCCAGAAUGCAGUCAAGUUCACCUUCCCUAAGAGCAAAAGGUUUCAAGAGACUCUCACAUCCAAGGAACACAUGAUCCUUUGCCGCUUUGCAGAUCAGACUGCGGUCCAGUUACCACCCGAGAGGCGCCUCAUUGGAAAACACUGCAUGGGCUUGGUGGACUUGGACCGGGCUUGGGCUGCAGAGACUCAUGGGUACUCGGUUCAGGUGAUGACUAUGGAGCCUGAAAGCUGUUCGCCAAAGAACAACAUGUUGAUGGGAAGGCCGCCGCAGAGGACUGCAGAGCCAGCUGGACAAGUCGAUGCAUAAUUAGGACUGAGAGCUCUGCUGCACAGCUGAGCGUCUCCAGAAUCGUUGAAAUUGAUGCUGGGUCUUGCAUGGCAGAAGCAUUUCUUUUAAAUGUCUGUUUUCAAGCAAUAUUGGUUUUAUGAAAGGUUGAAACUAUUAAACUGCAUUUAUGAAAGUCAGAUUCUCAUUAUAAAAAAAAAUAAAGUUGGAACCUGAAAGGA